UAAAAUUUUGCUGUAUAUAUGCUUCUCCCGAUCCUUUGCGGUCUAGACUUCAAAGAAGCGAAAUUUCUGGAUUUCAAUACAAUCGGUGUCUUCCCCAUUCAUCCUUCGAAUCCGAAAAUUGUCGAUAUUUCUGAUUGUGAUUGAAACCCUAGCCUGAGAUUUUCAUCAGCAAUCAUCGUCGUUGGGAUCGCGAUCGCGAUACACUAGCCACGGAAAUUUGUUGUCAUCGUCUUCGAUUCUCAAAACCCUAACCAAUGUAUCCGAAAAAUCAACACCGUCUUCAGUUCUUCGUCCAUUCUCCCGACCUCCAAAUUCAAUCCAAAAUCGUAAACCUAGCACAAACAUCGGCCCAAUCCCUCGCGGAUCUUAAGUUAUCUCUUAUCCUCAACACGCCUGCUUCACGGUUAGCCUCAUCUUUCUACUUCACCCUAAAUGGGAAACCUCUCCUCGAUUCCGCCACAAUUUCCAGUUCUCUAGUUCCCCCUCUGUCCACCUUGAUUUUAAGAACCAGGGUCCUUGGGGGCGGUGGUGAUGGCGGUGCAACCGGGGCCGAAUCCCGUGACUGCUACCUUAAAAUGUACGCAGAGAAGAAACCCGAUAAGGUCGAUCCUAACGAGCAGAGGCUAUCCAAGUGGUUGAACUGCGCUCUUUCUAACGAGCCUUUGAGGGAACCUUGUGUGAUCGAUUGGCUUGGAAAUAUCUUCAACAAGGAGCCGCUGGUUCACGCGUUGCUGGAGAAGAAGCUGCCAAAAGGUUUCGGACAUAUCAAGGGUUUGAAGGAUAUGAUCAAGAUAAAUCUUUCGAUGGUUCCCGGUACAGAAUCGCGUGGCAAUGCGAUCUCAGAGGCGAGGUUUCAAUGCCCGAUUACUGGGCUCGAGUUCAAUGGUAAGUACAAAUUUUUUGCUCUGAGAACUUGUGGACACGUGCUGAGUGCAAAGGCCUUGAAGGAGGUUAAAUCUUCUUCCUGCCUUGUUUGUCAUGCUGAGUUUAUGGACAGAGACAAGUUUGUGAUCAAUGGGAGCGAGGAGGAGGUAGUAAGAAUGAGGGAGAGGAUGGAGGAAGAGAAAACGAAAUCAAAGGAGAAGAAGACGAAGAAGGUGAGGACUGGGGAAGUGGGUAUGAAUGGAGAUGUGAGUGUGGAUUUGGCAUCAUCCCGUUUGUCUGGUAAAAAGCAUGGCAUUGAAGGUAAGGCACUGGGUAAGGUUUCAGCCAAGCCUGAGAAGCAUGAGCGGCCAGAUAGUGGAGUUCAGGUAAAGGUUGCGGCAAGUAAUGGUGCUGUUAAGCGAUUUAAAGCAGCAGACAUGGCCCCUGCCAAUGCUACCAAAGAAGUCUAUGCUUCCAUAUUCACCUCAUCUAGGAAGUCGGAUUUUAAGGAGACAUAUUCUUGUAGGUCUCUUCCACUUGGUCGUAAUUGAUUGCUGUUAAGAACUGCCAAGAUUUGUUUAUGACAGUUCUCCUUAAUAUUGUUUGUAUCCAAACCUUCAUUUUUAGUGUCCUUCCUUGACUUUGUUGAUUCAUGCUUCAUCGUUUCUAAUUCAUGUAAGAUAUAAGUUUCCAGUGUCAUCUGCUGUUAAUGUUAUGGAUUGAUUUUGGAACAACAAUCAAAGCCACUUUGUCAUGCUCAAAAUAACGAAAGUGAUUUUGGUCCCUCCAAAAUCACUCCCAAACAUGAACUUAAUAGAACUGUUUCACAUUUUUAGAUCA